UUACAAUAUUUGUUCUUGGUUGAAUAAUAUUUUUCACGCAACAUUUGACGUAACAGUCCAUAUAUGUCAAAGGAAUGACAUCAAAUCAGGGGUAUAAAUAAGAUUUCACUUAUCGGAACCCCUCAGAUGUUAUCGCCAUGCUCUACAAGUUCACGUUUGCUCUCAUAUGCCUUGCUGGCGACUCGGCUGGUGGAUUUUCAUUUGUCUUCAGACCACCAUGUGAGAUACAACAGCAUACCUGCUAUGACCUGAGCGAGUGUCCUCCGGGAACCGAGUCUCUGCAAUCACUUUGCUUACGAGACGAAAUCUGUUGUGUUAAGCUUGAAGGGUGCUCCAUCGACCCUUGUGUUAAUGGAACAUGUGUCAAGAAGGGCGGCGUGAAUACAUGUAUCUGUGAUCCUGGCUUUUCUGGUGAAAACUGCGAUGUAGACGUCUGCGAUUCCAGCCCAUGUGGAAGUCAUGGGUCAUGUGUUCACGAUUCCAAUGACGCAGGAUACAUCUGUUCAUGCACGGGUUUCUAUUCUGGCCCGAACUGCACAUCCCUUCCCCCCUGUGGAAUGCCUCUGACGGGACGUUUCCUGAAUGGAGUAGAUGACGCAGCGCCUGCAAAUCCCUGGCUUGUCAAAGUCGGUCUAGUUUCGCAUCACCUACCCUGUAGUGGUGUCAUCAUUGACCUGGAAUGGAUAGCUCUUGACGCAUUCUGCGGCCUCCAAAUUUGCGGUUCUGGCUGCCACGUCAUGAUCGGGAGCUACGAUGGAGCUGCCCCUGACGGGACAGAGCAACUGAGGACCAUUACUGAAAUUAUUCCUCAUCCUCUAACCGACGUAUUGUCUACAGAUUACAAUGUGGCUUUGGCACGACUUUCCGAUCCCAUAACUUUGACGGAUAGAAUCAACGUUGUCUGCCCACCGUCUGAUGUGUACAACGUGUUCCGGGAACCAAGGACCUGUAAAGUAGCAGGAUUUGGAAGAAAGGAUUUGACCAUUGCAUUCGGCGAAUUUGAUACGGGCGUCCGUCAGGUUAUGGAUACGUUCUUGAUUGAUGACAGCCUGUGCACACUUCUGAAAGGAUCUGCUCCACAUAUGGCAAGCCACUGCGGCUUUUUGCCAACACCUGACGCUGCACCUUGCAUUGGUGACAACGGUGGUGCGUUGGUCUGCCAGAACGACACUACAGGCGCCUGGACAUUGGAGGGAAUUGUGUCCUACGAAGAGGUUGUAGGCCUCUGUGGUGACCAGAUCUACACGGUUACUGACGUGAACGCGGUUUGGAGCUGGAUGCAAGAAGUGAUAGCGGCGGCGACACACUAAAGGACGGCGGUAGCAGCAGUGACCAAUUCAAUUAAAAAUAACAAUAAAUAUGAUGUAGAUGUAGAAGGAAAUAAAUAAUAAUUUGUC